AUGGCUGAGACGUACAGACAGAUCAGACGGCGAUGCCUGGACUCCAAGACCCUAUACAAAGACCCCAGUUUCCACGCUGACGCCAGGUCUCUGUUCAGACAGGGACCUUACUAUGGAGUUAAGUGGAAGCGCCCUAAGGAAAUCAGCCGGAAGCCAUUGUUUGUUCAAGAGGGAGCAGCUUAUUAUGACAUGGACCAGGGCAGUGUGGGAAAUUGUUGGUUCAUCGCUUCAGUGGCCUGUCUGUUCGCCUCCUCCCACAAACAGAUCCUGUCUCGGGUGGUUCCAACAGACCAAGGUUUCGGGCCCGAGUACUGCGGAGCGUUUUACUUUAACUUCUGGCACUACGGCAAGUGGGUGGAGGUGGUGGUGGAUGACCGACUGCCCACCUACAACAACAAACUCAUCUACGCCAGCAACAAGAAACAUCCCAACGAGUACUGGUGCCCUCUUCUGGAGAAAGCCUUCGCCAAGUUGAACGGGAACUAUGACGUCAUUGAUGGCGGCCGAGUGCACACCUCACUGGUAGACCUGACGGGAGGCAUCGGCGAGAUGUUGGUUCUGAAGAAGAACAUCACAGACAGCGAUCUCCAGGAUGUUCUCUUCAACUGUCGCACAAUGAACAGCAUCAUGGGAGCUGUCAUAUUUAACUUGGGAUCAGUGCCUGGCGAACGAGAGGUCAAACAAGAGACAGGACUGUACGAGGGGCAUGCCUACUCCAUUAUCAACGUGCAACAGAUUCGAACCGAGACUGGCAGCACUACUUUACUUCACAUGAGAAACCCGUGGGGCUGGGGAGAGUGGAACGGAGCAUGGAGUGACAAGUCACCGGAAUGGAAAUCUGUUCGUGAGGAAGACAAGCCAGCUCCACUGGGAAGUCGCAAUGAUGGAGAGUUUUGGAUUAACUUAACAGAUUUCAGGACACACUUUGAUGAACUAGAGUUGUGUCACCUGACACCAGAUGCUUUAACACAGGAACUAGCUGAAAAUCUGCACCUCUCCCAGUGGCACAUCUCUGAGCACUACGGAUCCUGGGUCCAAGGGUCAUUUUGGUCCAACCCGCAGUUUGACCUGCGCCUGGGAAAAUCCACCCAGCCAACGACUGUGGUAGUCUCCCUGUUUGAGGUGGACUCCCAGGUACGGCGGGACACUGCAGAUAUCAGCAUUGGGUUUGUGAUAUUUAAAAAAGGUUGGCUUAUGGUAGACAUUGUCUCUGGUCUCGUCUCCAGAGAGAGAACUGUCAGGUACCAGAUGGCCCCGGGUAAUUACGUGAUUGUUCCUUGCACCUUUAAGCCGGGUCAGGAGGCCGAGUUCUACCUGAGGGUGUUCUCUGAGCAAGCUCUGCUAACUGUUAAUCAUAUUUUUCUUGAACCUCUGGUGCCAUGUUGUAUGUCAGCCGAUGUGACAGAUGGUUACGUAGACAGUGCCUUCGAUCGUCUGGCUGGAGACAGAGGGCUCAUCGACGCCAUGGAUCUGGUGGAGGUCUUGAACGCUGGCUUGAAGGCAGGUAAAACUGAGGUUUUAAGUCUGUCAAGUGAGAACUGUGAUACUCCUGCAACUAGCGGCCUGAUCAACAAAGAUGGCGUGCGGAAGAUUUGGUCAGAUCUGGAAAUGUGGCGGAAAGCAUUUCAAAAAGUCGAUAAAGAUAGAGAUGAAUUUCUGGAUGCUGGUGAACUAACAACAUUGUUUGAGAUUAUUGACUUCCACGCAGGACCGGAAGCUGUGGAUGCCAUCAUGAAGAGGUACGGGGACAAGACUGGCAGAAUCUGCGAAGAGGAUUUCCUUCAGGGAUUCUGUAAAUGUCUGCAACAGUACCGCACGUUCAAAGAGCUACAAUGUUACAAGAAGAUCAGCAUGUCUCUACGUGAG